AUGCCGGAAGCCCAGACGCCAGCUCCGGAUCACCAGGCGAUCUCUCCAACCUGUCCAACUGCUACCGCGCGAGAGGAAGCCGUCGUCCAUGGCCUAGAGGUGACUCGUCUCACGCAAUGUGCGCACUGGCACUCGGACCGCGACAUCAUCGCCAUCCGACACAAAUGCUGUGGCCGCUACUACGCCUGCAUCAGCUGCCAUGAGGCGCUCGCCCAGCAUGAUCCUGCUGUCUGGCCUAGGAACGAGCGAAAUGCCAAGGCCAUUCUUUGCGGCAAUUGUCGUGGCGAACUGAGCAUUGAUGAGUAUCUGUCCUGCGGCUCAACCUGUCCUACAUGCAAAGCCGCCUUCAACCCUGGAUGCGCAAACCACUAUGACCUCUAUUUUGAAAUGGAGUGA